AUGCAGCUCUACGUUGACUUGUACUCGUCGUCUGGCUCGAGGGUCGUGUUCAGCUGGUCACACUACCCCCCCAGUCUCUUCUGCUUCCUCCUCUGUCCUUUCCUUGCAAUGGUCCUCCCCGAAGCCGACAAUUCCGCCUCCCCCGUUGACGAAGGCUCCUUCGCCCCUUCCCAGCCCCAGACGAAAGACCUAAAUGACGGCUCAUUCCAGCCCAACUCGUCCAAACUCGUUAUCUUCAACCAGCGCUCUGGCUAG